AUGGCAUGCCAGCAGUGGCCCUUACCGGAGCCCCACAAGGGGUGGCUGUUAAAGUCGGACCUGAGGAAGAAGGCGCUCAUAGAGUCGGGGCUGAUCAAGCUGUGGCAGUCAGGGCCGAAGCUCGACAAAAAGCCGGAGUCCAGCAAGAAGUGGCUGCUAGGGCCUGGGCCACAGGAGCCCUUGCCCCUGGGCGUGAAAUGUAAGCCCUCUUUCAAGGACAGGGACAGGUUGCCUUCCUGCUAUCUCUCCAGGCAGAACAAGCAGCUUGGGAAGUGCCCCACCUCCAUGGACAGCCGGCGGUGGGUAUUUGUGAAGGAGGGACUGGACGACUUCAGAACGGGCUGUCCAUCUGCUGAAGAUGUGAUCACUCGUGGCCCUCGGGAGGGCUUUCUCCCCAUGAUUGCUCAUAGAAUUCCCCGCCCUCCGCCCAAAAAGAUUCACAGGCAGCCGCCCAAGGGAGCGGACCUGUGUUCCAAGCUCUCGCCAGCCCAGCGAGCACGGAAGGCCUUUGUAGAGAACACUGAAGCCAGCCUGACCCAGCAUCCCUUGGCGAACUGCCCGAAUCUGGAGGAAGCUCUCCCUCCAGAACUCCUGCUCAAGGUCCUGGAAGUGCUGGAUCCUGACAGGGAGCUGGAGGACACAUGGUCAUAUUGUGAGGGCACCAAGGAAAGAAAGAAGACCCCCACACACCUGUGUGAAGAACAUCCUGAGGAGGGCAACCUGGAGCCUCCCCAGGAGGUCAACCUAGAACCUGGAGCCUCCCCAGUGAACCUGGAGCCUCCCGAGGAGGUCAGCCUGAAACAUGAAGACCAAGCCUACGUGCAAACGGCCAAGGAGAGUCUCCAGUCAUAUUUAUUCAGUUUGUUUCCUGAGGAAGAGAAAAAUGCAGCAUGCACAAUGGAUAUCCCCAAAGAUCCUGAGCUCCAAAAAGCAAGAACAGUUCAUGAAUUCUGCAGAUGGAUUGAUGAUAAUUUUGGAGACAUAGGCAUUGAUGAAGAGGACCUCAUGAAACAGUUUGAAGUUGACUUAGAGGUCCCACUCACCCAUAAUACAGUCAAAAUAAAGAAAAUAGGCCAGCUUCCUUUGAAUAUAAGGCCCUGCAAACAGCUAGAUGACAUACAGCAGAGAAAAUUCUCCCUGCAGGAAGGUAACUGGGAAAGGAAAGUCCGCAAACAACAAGACCCUUAUAAACCCAAACGGGAGAAGAUAAGGUAUGGAGCAUGGUACCUGGACCCCAAAUCCUGGAAAAAGCUGGUCAAUGGCCAGCCUCUGCCCGACCCUAAAGUCGUCCCUGACAAGGAACAUUUGACCGAUGGAAGGCAUCUUGAACCAGACAUUAUUGAUGAACUUUAUGGACCAAUUGCCUUCAAAGAUUUCAUUGUAAGCAAGGGCUACAGGAUGCCAGGUGUGAUUGAGAAGAUGUUUAUGAGGAAGGGAUGGAACUAUGAAUCUGUGAAGACUCCUAUACACCGAGUAAUGAAACUCCUCUCCAAACCCAAAGAGGGGGAUUCAGGGGGCAAAGAGGAUUAG